GUCCACCUCGAUUCACCUCUCAUGGCAAUGGGAGCCGCUCCAUCCUAGUAGCAGCAUCGAUCAGCAACACGAACCCAUGCUACGUACCAGCAAGCACAGCAUAUCUACUCUUGCGUCUUCAUCUUCUUCAUCUUCGCCCCGCCAACUAGCGGCAACCGCUCUUCGGCGCAGCGUUCAGCCAUCUUCGUCAAUUCGGCGUCACCUCACCGUCCUUGCAACCUCAUCGCGGCCUAGCAUACAUCCAUCCUCAGCAUUCUUCACCCCUCUGCGACAUUCCUCCUCACGAGCCACUACCAGCAUGGCAUCAUCUGCCCUAUUGCCCGACUCGCUGCACGUACCGUCCCUCUCACUCCGCCUCCCCCUCGGCAUCGAUUCAUGGUCACGCCCCUCCCCUUCGCAGCCCAUCUCCCUAGACAUACAAGUCCACACAGAUGUGACUGCAGCGGGUGUGUCAGAUUAUCUGCCGCACAGCAUUCACUAUGGAUUGCUCGUCAAGGACGUAGAGGCGCACUGUGCCGCCGUCGUUGCUGCGAGUGACAAGCAGCAGCAGCCGGUGUACAAGGAUCUCGAAAGCCUAGCAGAGGGACUUGCCAAGCUGAUCCUCUUCGGAACUGGGGCACCCAAGGUUACGCUGAGGUGCAGAAAGACGAGGGCCUUGCUUCACGCGGAGAGUGUGGCUGUUGAGGUUACGAGGGAUCGCGCCGACUACCUGCGUCAGAGCGGGCAGCUAAUCGCAGACUCGGAGCUGGUGGGCAAGAACGCUGCCGACCUGGCGAACUUGAAGCUGGUUGCUGGGUCUAGCAACGCAAAUCUGGACAAGCUCAUCAUCAAGAACCUCACGCUCAGCUGCAUCCUCGGCGUAAACGCCCCAGAGCGGGUGGACAAGCAGCAAGUCAAGGUCAACCUCACCUUGCAAAGGCCUGCUUCUGCCCUUCACGCCUCCUCCGCCACUUCGCAAGCCUCGCCUCGAAACUAUCGCACCCUUGCGACUGCCGUCACAGCAUUUGUCGAAGCCUCGACCUACCAGACCGUCGAGUCCCUCGCGCUAGGCGUUGCCGAGGUGGCUUUGCUUCAUGAUGCUGCGGUGGAGAGCGUCAGGGCAAGAGUAGAUAAACCCAGCGCAAUCAUGUUCGCCGACUCGGCUGGUUGCGAAGUUGUCAGGGGACGAAGAUGGCUGAGAGAAAUCGGAGAGGGGGAGAGAGGGCCUGUGAAUGGCCGCAACGGAGCAUCUGCGCCUGCCGUCAUGGCUUCAAGGGGCACCGCAGCACCUUUGACGGCGGCCUUCGGACCCUCUGCCUCCUCAUCGAGGGCGGGCGUCGGCCUCGCAACGAGCGAGCACCUCGUUGCCCUCUCUCUGGGCAGCAACCUGGGCAAUCGCUCAGCGCACAUCUCCCGUGCCCUUCAACUACUCGCAGCUCAUCCGGCCAUCAGCCUGAUCGACACAUCCUUCCUCUACGCUACCCGUCCCAUGUACUACGAGUCCCAACCCACCUUUCUCAACGCGGCCGCCCGCAUUUCCACCACAUUGAGCCCACUGGACCUCCUCGAGGUAACCCAAGGCGUCGAGCUCAAGGUAGGUCGCGCCCCGAAGACCUCGCCAGACGGAAUCUCCACACCUCCCAAAGGGCCGAGGGUGCUCGACGUUGACGUCUUGCUCUACGACGAUGAGGUAGUUCUCGAGGGGAAAAAGUUGCAGAUCCCACAUCGGGGUAUGCCAGAAAGAGAAUUUGUGCUUCGUCCCCUUGCGGAUAUUCUGCCCGGGUGGACGCACCCCAAGACUGGCAGGACCGUAAGGGAGAUGUUGGACGUACUGACGAAGGCCGUCGAUUACCAGGGCGCCGGCGACGUCAAGAGAGUAAUGGCCCCUUGCUCCUCCGCUGAGUCCGAGGGCGGCCUCUGGACGUGGAGAGGGGACAGGACCCUCCUCAUGGGGAUAUUGAACGCUACGCCUGACUCCUUCUCAGACGGCGGCGAUCAUUUGGGUGUAGAUGCUGCGCUCAGCUCUGCGAGGCGAAUGGUCUCCGAGGGGAACGUGGACGUCCUCGACGUUGGAGGGAUGAGCACUGCCCCAGGAGCGGCGAACGUUAGCGAAGAAGAGGAGAUCCGUAGGGUGGUGCCAGUCAUUAAGGCCCUCAGGCAGGACGAGAUCGUCACCGCGAAGGGAAAACGUACCCCCAUCUCAAUCGACACGUUCCGCUCCAGGGUAGCUCGUGCAGCUCUCGAAGCUGGAGCAGACAUUAUCAACGACGUUACGGCUGGUCGCGCAGACCCUGCUAUCCUCACUCUCGCGGCGGAGUUGGGCUGCCCAAUCGUGCUUAUGCAUUCACGUGGAGAUGCAAGCAGUAUGAACAAGCUGGCUCAGUAUGCACAAGAGGAGGGAGGGGUGGUGAGCGGAGUGAGAAGGGAGCUCGUUGAGAGCGUCCGGGCUGCUUUGAAGGCGGGCGUCAAGAGGUGGAAUCUCAUCCUCGAUCCCGGGAUCGGUUUCGCAAAGGAUUGCCAGGGCAAUCUCGAGCUGCUAGCUGGGCUUGGAGAGCUCACCGCGCCGCGACAUGGUCAGGCGGAUGGGCAGGAGGAUGUAGAAGGUCCCCGUGCCGAGCUGGACAACUUUCCCCUGCUUGUUGGACCGUCCAGAAAGCGAUUCGUGGGCACGUUGGUGGGUACCGGGCGCUCCGUGAACGCGGAGGAGACUGUGGCCGUCCCGGCCAAGGAGCGCGCAUGGGGCACCGCGGCGGCUGUGAGCGCUUGUGUAGGGAGCGGGGUCGUGGAUGUGGUCAGGGUGCAUGAUGUCGCUGAGAUGAGAGAUGUGAUCAGUGUCGCAGACGGGAUAUAUAGGAGGGCCAGGCGGUCAUAGGCAAGGAUUCCACUACACGUAUUCGCAAUGUCAUCAGCAUCCAGUAUCAGUAGAAGCGACCAUUCACGCAAGAGGGACA